UGUCGUGUUGCUCAAAAGUUUGGUUUACUCACGAAUGCACCAAAAUUAUUUUCUGGAGACUGGAAGUGGACUUCAGUAGACAGAAUUGGAUAAUAAAACUACUCAAAGUAUUAAUUAGAUGAAGUGUGCGCGGCCGGGAUAUCGCUGUUUGCAGUGCCAAUAAUGUGUAUUCGGAAGUCGACGUGUUAAAAUCGGAGUACCGAUAAAUUAUUCUGACAAUAAGAUGCCUUUUGUUCAAAUCAAAAAGCAGUAUUUAGCAUUCGCGAUGUUACUCUUCGUAGCGCUAUUCCUGUUCAACAGUCGGCCAGCAUUCCAGUGUCAGUAUACUACGGAAAUGCCUGUAUCGUACCUUCCAACGAUCUAUGGCAUCACUCCGACUUACGCCAGACUUGCCCAAAAGGCCGAUCUCACAAGAUUGUCUCAAACUUUGAUGCUGGUUAAGAACUUUCAUUGGAUUGUCAUCGAAGAUUCUGAGACUAAAACACCAUUGGUUGCUAAUUUAUUGAAAGAGUCCACCCUAAAAUAUACUCAUCUGAAUGCUAAAACCCACAAGUCAAAGCAAUCUACUGAAAUGGAUGUCAAUAUUUGUGUGUUUAAAUUGGACUCAUACUUCACUCGUUGGUAUUGUGCUAGUGGUGUAGAGCAAAGGAAUGAAGCUUUAAAUUGGCUUCGAAAUCAUUUAUCCAGUGCAACAGAUAAAAGAGGUGUAGUGUAUUUCAUGGAUGACGACAACACAUAUUCAUUAAAAGUAUUUGAUGAGAUGCGUAAAAUCAAGAACAAAGUGGGUGUGUGGCCGGUUGGCAUAGUUGGUGGUAUGAGAGUGGAGAUGCCACUUGUCACAGAUGGCAAGGUCUCCGGGUACAAUGCUGUGUGGAAACCCUUCAGACCUUUCCCCAUAGAUAUGGCAGGGUUUGCCAUCAAUGCGACCCUGUUCCUGGACCAUCCUGAAGCCAAGUUCUCUAGGAAGGUGCAGUCUGGGUUUCAGGAGAGUGAGAUUCUCAAGUACUUCGCGACGAAGGACGACUUGGAACCCCUGGCCGAGAACUGCACGAAGGUGUAUGUGUGGCACACGCGCACUCAGAAACCCUCCAUACUGGAUCCCAAGAAACUGAAGCAUCCGCCGCUACCUGACGGCCAUAUUGAGGUGUAAAUAGUAGAUACUAACCAGGAAUCCACUGAGCAACAUUUGUAGCGCAACUCAUAAUAUCGAAGCUGUAUUUUUUUUUUAAAUGAAAUAAGGGGGCA